AUGGAGAAUGGCACACAUGGGCCGGUCAUUGGCUCUCCAGGGGCUAGACCCUUUUCGAGACAAUGCCUGGGUGGGGAGACGAGCCCGAGAACCCAGCGUCGUGAACCGGACGCAGCAUGCGGUGUAACCCCUGGCAAGACUGACGCUAUUUCGCCAGGAUACCGCGGGCAGAAGGACAGCGUGAAAAGGGAUACCAACUUCGUACCUCAAGGGGUGUGA